AGAUGAAUUACAGCCUUGCUUUUCUGCUGGCCCUUUCGCUCUGUCUUGGCUCUGCCUCCGGGACUUCAGAGACUCCAACCUCUACCUCUUCCCUGGAUUUGGCUCCAAUAUCACCCCAGGUUACAACUCCCCUGUUACCUCCAGGAGCCACAUCUUGGGCAGAAGCUGGUACUGUGUCACAGCCGUUUUCCAAUUUCACGGGCUCUGUGGACAGCCAUGGGACUUGCCAGUGCUCUGUUUCCCUGCCUGACACCACCUUUCCUGCUGACAGAGUGGAGCGCUUGGAGUACACAGCUCACAACCUUUCUCAGAAGUUUGAGAAAGAAUUUUCUAAGGUGAAGGAGUAUGUCAAGCUAAUCAGUGUGUAUGAGAAGAAGCUCCAGAACCUGACUGUCCGAGUAGAGGUCAUGGAGAAAGAUAGUAUUUCUUACACAGAACUGGACUUUGAGCUCAUCAAGCUAGAAGUAAAGGAGAUGCAAAAACUGGUCAUACAGCUGAGGGAGAAUUUUGUUGGAAGCACAGAAAUUAUUGAGAAGCUGGAAGUGGAGAUAAAGAAUAUGACUCUUCUGGUAGAGAAGCUGGAGACACUAGACCAAAACAAUGUCCUUAGCAUCCGCCGGCAAAUCUUGGCUCUGAAGAACAAGCUGAAAGAAUGCGAGGCCUCUAAAAGUGAGCUUGUGCCCGCCACGCCCCCUCCUCCUGCUCCUGGAAGCUGUAGUCACGGUGGUGUGGUGAACAUCAGCGCUCCUUCUGUGGUUCAGCUCAACUGGCUAGGGUUUAGUUAUAAAUAUGGCGCCUGGGGUCGAGAAUACUCUCCCGAGCAUCCAGAGAGAACUCUGUACUGGGUGGCACCUCUGAAUUCAGAUUCCAGGGUUCUAGAAUCUUACAGACUUUAUAACUCACUGGAUAAUUUGUUAAUCUAUUCACAUGCUCGAGAAUAUCGGAUCCGCUAUGGCCAAGGGGGUGGUACAGUAGCAUACAACAACAACCUGUAUGUGAAUUGGUACAAUGGGAGGAACAUUGCCAAAAUUAACCUGACUACCAAUGAAGUUACUGUUAAUCGACCUCUCCCCAUGGCUGCCUAUAAUAACCGCUUCUCAUAUGCUAAUGUGAAUUGGCAAGACAUUGACUUUGGUGUGGAUGAGCAAGCACUGUGGGUGAUUUAUGCAACUGAGGCCAGCACAGGUAAUAUAGUGAUUAGUAAGUUGAAUGAUACCUCUCUUGAGGUGCUAGACACGUGGGUUACCAAGCAGUACAAACCAUCGGUUUCUAACGCCUUCAUGGUAUGUGGGGUUCUCUAUGCUACCCGUACUUUGAACACCAAAACAGAAGAGAUUUUUUACUACUAUGACACAAACACAGGGAGGGAAGGCAGGCUGGCCAUUCCAAUGAGGAAGAUUCAGGAAAGAAUUCAGAGCAUUAAUUAUCAUCCCUUUGACCAAAAGCUUUAUGUCUACAAUGAUGGUUAUCUUCUGAAUUAUGAUCUUGUCUUCUUGCGGGAGCCCAAGCAACCUGCCUCGAUGUUAGGGUGAAGGAGAAAUGAAAUGUUGGAUGAAAAUCCCCUUCCCCAUGUAUUUAGACAUCUGCAGGGGAAUUAGGGAGUGCAUUUCUUUAGGAGUGAUGUUUAGUAGAGAUAUAGUUCUAGCACAAU